AUGUCGAAGGCCGUAAAUUCGAUUGCAACGCAAAGAGACGACGGUGGUUAUACUCUACCUGAAGGUAGCAAAGUCCUCUCAGCCAACCGCCAUGGCUUCUCUGACUGGACCGUCACUACCUGCUUAGUCGUAGUCCUCCCCGAUGGUGCCGAGAAGAAUUACUUCCUCAAAAUCGCCACCGAUGAAGCCGGCCGGGUAAUCAUGGAAGGCGAGUACAACCCCAUGACCUCACUCUACGAGAUAUCGCCAUACUUCGUCCCCAAGCCCCAUACCUGGGGCAAAUCCAAGCUGGAAGCGCCGGAGACGUACUUCUUCUUAUGCGACUUCAUUGAUAUGACGAAUCCUCUGCCAGAGCCUACCCUCUUCUGUGCCAAACUCGCGCAGUUGCAUAAAUCCAGUCAAUCGCCAAAGGGAAUGUUCGGUUUCCCCAUCCCAACCUGA